AUGCAUUACAGUGAUUUUAUCAUAUGUAAAGCUCCCUUUACCCAUGAUAAAAUAACUAACAAAUGCCAUUGAGUGCCUUAUUGCUUUAAUAAAACAGCCGCAAAAAACUAUAAAUGUCAGAGGUCAGUAAAUGAUUUAAUUUAUCAUUCAUACUAUUUGCAAUAAACAAUUCUUCCACCUUGCAAUGUAGUCUGGUAAAAGUUAGCUUUGGUUGCUAAGCAGCACAAGGGCAAAGAUUAGGUUAUUCUGGGGUGCAGUCAGCGUUCCAGUUCUCCCUAAAGGUGUUCAGUAGGGUUGAGGUAAGGGCUGUGUACAGGACAGUCAAGCUCUUCCUCUCCAACUUUGGUAAACCAUGUUUUCAUGGCCUCUUAGUUCCAGUGAAGGGAAAUCUUAAACCUACAGACAUCAAGUGCUUCCAACUUUGUGUUAACAGUUUGGGGAAGAGCCACAUAUGGGUGUGAUGAUCAGGUGUUCUAAAUCUUAGAACAUUAUACUACAUAGUGUAUAUUCGUUUAAAAUCUGGUGCAUUAACACAUCAUUUUACCACAGCGCGGAUGAGUUCUCGAAUCUGAUUGGUCAGAAGGUGUGCACGGCUCUGACAGUAGUUCCGGCUGUAACAUCAACGAUAAGUUUAUAUUAAGCUUUCGAUGAUUAUUUAACAUUUAUUGGUCUCUGCACAUUGCAAUAGUAAGUUUCCCAGACAAAACACAGUCACAUGACCAAGAUUUGUUGUUCAUGUGACUGACCAACAAAUUGUUCAGUCACAUGACCAAUGUGUUUGUUUAAUUAGCCGUUAGGCUCCUCCCACCAGCUCGAGCUUCCGAACGUGUUUGAGCAGGUGAGCCUAAUUAACGCCGAGGCUCCGCCCACCUGUCAGUUCUCGGUCCGGAUGGCGGCGGCCACAAAAACGUGUGAUGUCCACUGGAUUCCGUUUAAAAGCGACUGUGAGGAGCUGCUGGGACGCUUCCAGCAGACGGAGUCGGUGCGAUAUGAAGCGUUUGCGGCCAUAUGGAGAGUUAUGGACUUCUCCAGUGUGUUUUAUGGAAUGACCACAAACUACGAGAAAAGACCCUUCAGCCGUCUCGUCUUUACCACAGUGUAUGAUUACUUCUUGCCCCCAUACAGCUUUCAGAUCCGAGUGGGGGCACUGUACAUGUUCUACGGCCUUUACUUCUCACAGCCUACCUGGCCAAAGGAAAAGAUCUGGAUUGCACUGAAGGACUGGAUGUGUAUACAGAAGUUUGUCUCAGAUGCUAUCAGCUGUCAGCAUCUGGAUGUUGUAUAUGUCUACAGGAAGCUUGUUUUUGAUAAGGCUUUUUUUUAUACCGCCAUGCCCAACCAGCUCACAUUUGAUGCAAAGCGCCGUUUUAAAAACAGGAGAAUCAAUGAGUUGUUCCAGGACCAGCGAGCCAGAGUGACAGAGCUGGUUAAUCCAGGUACACUGGAGGAAAUUACAAAUGUGCAGGCUCAUUAUGAGCGGAUUAAGCAGGCUCUGCACGUGUCCGCCACGGUCAGUGUGACACCAGUCAACCUAAGCGUGCAACUUAAGGAAUGUGCACGUGCGUUUCAGCAGUGGCAGGAAAAUAACAAAAGACAGAAGAAUAAAAACUCUGGAACAAAAGCAGAGGAGAGCACUCAGCCGUUAGAGUGCCCCAACAGGGCAGAUCUACUGGCUACAAUAAAGUCAAAGUCUUAUGGGCAUCUAGCAACGGCUUCCAAAUCACGACGACACAGACAGGUGGAGAUGGACACCUCGGGAUCUGGCACAGACCAUGCGCAAGAGUUUUUGUCUCCGCACAGAAAGAGGCAGCUGUCUCUCAGACAGAGGACCUGGCGAAAGCUGGGCAGAAAAGGGUCAGAAGAACAAAGACAACAACACUGGCUUCUAAGCACAAAGGAGGAAGACAAAGCAGCUUUGAAGAAAUGCCAACAGAAGAACAGAUUUAAGUGGUGAAAUGUGGCACAUUGUGGGAGUGGAUUUGUUUCUCUCACUCAGUAGGUUUUUUUUUUUUUCUAUUGGUUUCUGUUGGCAAAUGUAAUUCAGGAAUACAAACAGAGUGGCUUUCUUGCAGUUUUUCUUAAAUUCUUACCUGAUUAGAUUUUUGGACAGACUGUAUUUAUGGAACUAAACUUUAAUGGUUUAUUUGUCAAUACGCUUUGUGUUUAUUAAAUAGAAUAAAUAUAUGC